AUCAUCAAGGAAGAAACCCUUCGUCGCCAUCAUCAUCAUCACAUUCCACCAUCGCUCACACUCUCUCGUCUCUAUUGUGCUCUAUAGUUGCUGCUCUCUCUCUCGCAUCGCUCACUCUCUCGUCUCUAUCGCGCGCUCCAUAAUCGCCGCUCUCUCUUUGCCAACCUAAGAGGGGCGAGACGUUGCUUGAAUGUAGCAUACUUACGUAUAUUCUAGUAUGUGGCAUGGAAACGCAAGUCCUGGGCACCAGGAAUCUCCAUGAAGCCCUCGAUCGCCUUGCGCAGUCCAACGCCGCGCUGGUUCCGGCGUCCUAUGGUGCUCUUCUCAAAGAAUGCGGCAAUGCCAGGGAGCUGGCGCUGGGCAAGCUCGUCCACUCUCACAUCGCCAAGCACGGAUCAUCCGACAGAGACACAUUCCUGGGGAAUUUCUUGGUUCACAUGUAUGGGCGGUGUGGAAGCAUCGACGACGCGCGCAGGGUCUUUGAUAGAAUCCGGCUGCGCAACGUCUUCUCUAGCAACAUCAUGAUCGCGGCAUUUGCCGAGAAUGGGGAUCUUGCUAGCGCGAAGAACUUGUUCGAUCGAUCGACCGUGAAGAACACCGUGACAUGGAACGCAAUGAUCAAUGCGUACGUGGGCGCUGGCGCGAUGGAAGAAGCUAAAGAUCUGUUCAAGGCGAUGCCAGUGAGAGACGUCGUUUCGUGGAGCGCGAUGAUCAAAGCAAAUGCCGGGAGAGGGGAUUUGGAGAUGGCGAUUCUUCUGUUCAAGCUCAUGGAUCUAGAUGGAGUGCGGCCGAAUCGCGUGACAUUCAUGUGUGUGCUCGAAGUGUGCGCUGAUCUAGAGGCAAUCACGCUGGGGAUCACGAUCCACGAGCUCAUCCGGGAGGCAGGGCUGGAAUCCGAGACGAAGAUCGCGAACACGCUCAUCCACAUGUAUGGGAGCUGCGGGAACAUCCAGAAAGCCAGCGAGAUCUUCGAAUCGAUGCCACACAAAUCCACAGUCUCGUGGAAUUCCAUCGUCUCGGCCUAUGCCUGGAGUGGAGAUCUCGAUCAAGCCAAGCGCCUGUUCGAUCGGAUGCCCCAGCGCGACGUGGUGUCGUGGAAUUCGAUGCUCGUGGCGUAUUCCCAGAACGGGCAUGGCGAUCGAGCUCUGGAGCUUUUCUUGGCGAUGGAUCCCUCGCUGCAAAACGAGGUCACGUUCGUAAUCGCGGCGGAUGCCUGCGCGAGCCAGGCAGCGCUGGAAGAGGGCAUCGCGAUCCACUCGCGAGCAUCGGCUCGGGGAUUCGAUGCCGACAUCCGCGUCGCGAAUGCGCUGCUCAAUCUCUACGCGAAAUGCGGCACGAUCGAUCGCGCGAAAGAUCUCUUCGAGAGGAUGAUCGAGAGGGACGCUGUCUCGUGGACUGCGAUGACCACAGCGUUUAGCCAGAGCGGGCAAGCAUCAGAGGCACUGCUGAUGAUCCAGGCGAUGGAUCUCGAGGGUGUGAAGCUGGAUGGAUUCACCUACGUGACGGCGCUGGACGCGUGUGCGAUCAUCACUCCCCCGGCGGUGGGCGAGGGGCGAUCGAUCCGAUCGAGGCCGUGUUCUACGGCUAUGGCGGCGACACCCUUGUGGCCAAAGCGCUCGUCACGCUCCUGGGCAAAUCCGGGAGCGUGGAGGGCGCCAAGAGCGCCUUCGAUCGAAUUCGCUCCAAGGACGCCGUGUCGCUCAACAGCAUGAUCGCGAUGAUCCGGCGAGGCGGCGGUGGAGGCGCUGCGAUCCAUGGCGGCGGAGGGCGUGAGCCCCGAUUCCAUAACAUUCAUGAGCGCGCUCUCGGCGUGUAGCCACUCGGGACUGCUGGAUCUGGCCUGGGAGCUCUUCCCGUGCAUCGCUGGAGACUAUGGGAUCGCUCCAGCGAUGGAUCACUACGUGAGCUUGCUGGAUCUGCUGGCUAGAGCUGGGAGGAUUGACGAGGCCGCGGAUUUGAUCGCCCAUAUGCCAUUUGAGCCGCCGGCGCUGGCGUGGACGAUACUGCUGGGCGCCUACAAUGCGAUGGGGCAGCAGGGAUCCAAUGCCGUGGAGCGAUCGAUGGAGCUAGAGCCCGAGAACUCGGCACACUAUGUCCUUCUCUCCAAUCUCAGGAGCCCUAAAAACAGGGGUAGGGUUUUAUUUAAAGUUUGGCAUGUACAAAUUCAAAUCUAAGCCGUUCGUUUACUACCUAGGGUUUCUAGACGCUGGAAGGAGCAUCGACGAAAGCCGCCGCCAUUUGCCAUCGAGGACGAUGCCAAGGGAAGAGCUUGAGCCACUGCAUGUUCUUGCUGCUCUACUGGCUUUGAUGGUCAUCUUUGGAGUAGUCUUUGGCCAUUGCUUUGGUGACGGCUGUGAUCAUCCCCUGCUGGAUGUGGAAGGAGUUCAAGGUUGGGCCAUUCCAUGUCAAAGCCCUCGGCUUUGCAGAGCAAAAUCGAAGAAACGAGCCCCCAAAGGAACGCAGGACCCGUCGUCCAGAUCCAGAGCAGUGCUCAUGUUGCUACUUUGACACUGCGAACUGUAGGUACCAUUCUAGAUUCGUCAACUAGAAAUUCUUGUGAAGCUCAGAGAUCUGCUACAACCGUUCAAUUCUACCUCCAUUCUGUGAAAACUGCCAUUCUUUGGCAAGCUGUUUUGCAGGAUAUAUAAUUCCAAUAGUUUGACGACUGAGAAAGGAACUCCAAGCAGGACCAAAGGAGGACUUAGCUCCUCGGUGCUACUCCAAAUAAAAAAGGCUCAACGCCGAUAUGAAAGUGAAGAACAAAGGCAUGAAGCAAUGAAAACGUUUCCAAGAUCUUUCCUUCUCCUUACCACUGAUGCAAUAUAUCAGAAGAGAUCGAGCGACUGGUGUUUAACACGACUUGUGCGAUUCCAUAGAAGGCGCGUUGCGCCAAGAGGAUGGCGGCCCUGCGUGCCUUGGGUGAUGGCGCUUGAUCCGGCCACGGAAGGUCCUCCCUGGCAAGGCUCAGUGCCGUCGCAUUGCUUUCGCGUUCUCAGGUACUUAUCGAGUUCCUGCGCGCUGUUCGCAAUUUCUGCGAUGAACCAGGAUUUGUUCCUUGCCGAGCAGUAGCACUCAGAAGCGCUUAUGCAGCAGUGGUGGAGAGCAGGCACAGGUUUCCAUCUGGAAGUCGGAUCACAAUACUGUUAGAACUAAGCUGAACAUGCACAGAACCAGGGCAGGUAGCUCACUGGUAAAGCACCUGGCGCCGGUGUAGGAGGUCCUGGGUUCAAUCCCCGGCCUAUCCAGAUCCAUUUUCCAACAAAUACUGGAGUCAAGUUCGGCUGUUGCUCUA